AUGUCAAAGACUAUUGUUAUCACCGGAGUCACGGGCGCUCAGGGAGGAUCUGUCGCCCGGACGUUCCUACAACUUCCAGGCUGGCGAGUCCGCGGCAUUACGCGCAACCCCUCAGGGGCAGCCGCCAAAACCCUCGCUUCCGAUGGUGUCGAAAUCGUCCAGGGGGAUCUCGACGACAGGAAAUCGCUGAUCAGCGCCUUCCAAGGCGCCACCGUUAUCUUCUCUAACACCGACUUUUUCACGCACAUCUUCCACGCCAUGAGCCCCGAUGCCAACCUCCCCGCUGGCAAGACCCCCAACAAGUACGCAUUCGAGCGCGAAGUCGAGCAGGGCUUAAACAUCUCCGACGCCGCUGAGGACUCGUCCGUCCUCAAGACGCUGGAGCGCUUCGUCUUCUCCUCCCUCAGCGAUGCUCAGAAGUUGAGCGGCGGAAAGUACAAGACUGUCUAUCAUUUCGAUUCCAAGGCCGAGACGGUCCGGCUGAUGCGGGAGCGCUGUCUCAGUGUCGCAGCGAGGAUGAGCACUGUGCAGCCGGGACACUACACUACUAACUGGAGGCAGUUCCUGAAGCUUGCUCCUCAGAAGCAGGCGGAUGGCAGCUUUCUCAUGUCGAGGACGGCGCCGCCCGAUUUCAGGAUGCCGUUCGUCGUUGUGGACAGGGACAUGGGGGCGUUCGUCAAGGCGUUGGUCGAUAUGCCGCCGGGUAGAGACCUGCUGGCCGUGUCGGAGUACAUGACGUUCCCCGAGUUCGCUGAGGUCUGGGGCCGUGUGCACGGUGUCAAGACUACUUACAAGCAAAUCUCCAAUGAGGAGCUGUUCGAGGGUGUUCCGUUGGGCUUUAUGGAGGAGAUAAGGGACAGCUUUGACUUUAUCCAUGAGUUUAGCUUCACUGGCGGAGACACUAAUGUGCUAGAGCCGAGUCAACUCGACUUUAAGAUUCCAGUCACUUCGAUGGAGGAGUACAUCAGGAGCGAGGACUGGUCACCUGUUUUAAACGCUUGA